GGGCAGCCUUGGUUUAGAUUGGCACAGCUGAUCAAUGUUGUUCUUAUUAGAACGAUAACUUUAUCGUGCCGUGGAGUUCGCUCAAGCUGAGGCAGCUUAAAAAAAAAACGUGUUUAAUAAAUUCGCAAACUGUGCAUAUUUUCGAUACAACAGGGUGCAUAUCUCCCAAAUAUUACAAAAGAAAUCAAAAAUAAUAUUAUGCAUAAGGCAAGAAAAUAAAAAACCGCUAAGCAAAAGUUUUGCGUCGCAGCUGUGCAAAAAUACCAAAUAGGGAAAAGGAAAAAAGCAAACGAAAAAAAAGUGCCUCGUAAUUGAUAAAUGUAAAAAUACACACUGAAAAGCAUUUCUUGUGCUUUUAUUUAUGAUAAUUUGAUAACAAUAAGCAGCGGCAAUAACAAAUAGGCGCUGAAUACGCCGAUGAGCGCGUCACAAUUGUGACUCGUCUGUGUGUUUCUUUUGGGUUUGAGUGUGUGCAUGCGUGCGGCCAACGAAGAUGCGCGAAAAUGUCAAUUAAUUGCUCGCAGCGAAAACGACAAGAACAACAAGAAGCAUAGGAACAGCAGCGUCGGCGUCGGCAGUGACUGCAAAAUUAGACGGCGCAAAUAAACGUGGGGCCAAAAGGUGCGAAUGAAGCGCAAGAAAAAGAAAAAUCAAUAGGCAACAGAAUGCAAAAAAUGUGUCGAUAUUGUUGUUGUUGUAACGAAUAUCAAAGCUACAGAACCGCCAAUAACCAUAACAAUAACAACAACAAAUACAAUAAAUGCGGUAAAAAUCAACGCUAUUAAUAAAUAAUAUUAAAGUAUGUGUUGCCUACGCAAAAUGAUGCGUUGCAUAUGCCAAAUUGCGUAAUAUUUGCCAAUAAAAAAAACGGUCAAAAUCUUAAACUCCGUCAAGUUGACUUUUUGAACCAAACUUAAAGUUCACCAACUCUCUCUCUCACCUUACAAUUGUGUCAGUGCGUGUAGGUGUGUGUGUGCUUACUUCCGUGUAAAUUUCGGCUGCGCUCUCUGUCUGCGCGCGUGUGUGUGUGUGUGUGUGUGUGUGCAUGAGAGAGGCAUGGCAGCCGCAACAGAUGGCUCUGCCAAGACAGCGGCAGCGGCUGCUGCGUCCGCAUCGUUGCCAUUGACAGCAAACGGCAGCAGCGGCGCUGGCAGCACAAACAAAUCGCCAAAAAUGAAAAUAAACUCCCAGCCGGUGACCACAACAUCAUCAUCAUCCGGUCUGCCAGCUUCUGUCUCGCAUUUCUACUACAAGCAUGGCCUCUUUCUGUCCAGCUAUCCAACGUGCGCCUCCAGCAUUGCCCUCAUGGCAAUAUUGCUUUCGUGUUAUCCAUUGAUGAACAUACCGUUACCUGGCACCAUACCCACCAAAAUAGUGCUACCCUAUGAGGGACGCUACACGCCUCUCUUUGGCGAGGCAUCAGCGACAUUAUCAACCGCCUUUAAUCAAAGUGGAAGCAGUGCAGCAGCUGGAGGAUCAACAUCUACAACACAAACAACACCAUCGCCCCCUCCACUGUUGAAUGGCAGCAGCAGCAGCGAUCGGGGAAGUCUGCCCUGGGCACAGAGCAAUCCGGCAUUGUACGUGCAACAGAUUACGUUGCGGGUUAGCGUGUUGCCCUGGUCCGAUGAGAUGCAGCUAAUGGAUGCGUUUCGAGCGCCGCUUUAUGAAGUUUUUAAAUUGCUCGAAAUUGUACGCAAUCAUCAGAGCAGCGAGAAUCAGCGCACACUGGAGCAAAACUGUCUGCAUGUGGAGAAUGUUAAACGUGGUGCCCAGGGUCAUCUGGAUCAGAUCUUUCCCGAAUACGGCUGCCUUUUACUAUCGCCCGCAAAUCUUUGGACACAAAAUGCCCAGAACUUUACCAGAGAUACAAACAUAUUGAACACCAUCUUUCAGUAUCAUAAUCUACAGAAAUCGAAAGUUUCGACAGCGGAAAUGCUUUUUGGAUUGCCCAUGCAGGAUACGGGAUUCAAGCGUUAUCCACUCCGUGCUCGCUCCCGGAUCAUACAGUAUGCGAUGACGCUGAUCCUCAAGCAGAACGAUGCCGAGUAUCUGGAGACGCUGAAGGAGAAGCUCCUGCGAUAUUAUCCACCAUUGACAGCGGUGCCGUCUGGAGUGGAGGAGGAGCCAUCGACGAUAACGUACAUCUUUUAUCCGGGGGAGUACAAAAUCUGGGAGUUUCUGCCCUUAUCCGUGGCCUUUGUCCUGGUCUUUGUGUACGUGUACUUCUCCGUGCGUAAGAUCGAUGUGUUCCGUUCCCGUGUCCUGCUGGCGCUUUGCAGUGUGAUCACCACAUUGGGCAGCCUGGCCAUGUCGCUGGGAUUGUGCUUCUUUUUUGGAUUGACAAUCUCAUUGCAGUCGAAGGAUAUAUUCCCGUACCUGGUUAUAUUGGUGGGAUUGGAGAACAGUUUGGUGAUCACCAAGAGCGUUGUUUCCAUGGACGAGACCUUCGAUGUGAAGAUCCGCGUGGCGCAGGCUCUCAGCAAGGAGGGUUGGCACAUAACCAAGACCCUGCUGACGGAGAUUACCAUAUUGACCAUUGGAUUGGCCACCUUUGUGCCCGUCAUCCAGGAGUUUUGCAUCUUUGCCAUCGUUGGUCUCAUCUCCGACUUUAUGCUUCAGAUGCUGCUCUUCUCCACCAUUCUGGCCAUGAAUAUCAAGCGGACGGAGUACACCACAGAGGCAAAGCAUCUGCCCAAGAUGAUGCUUAGCUGUACGCUGGGAAAUGGACAGCACGGAUCUGGUUCAUUGGGUCGUCAGGAAUUUCGUUUCUUUGGAGCAGCGCUGCCAACGCUUCCGCCUUUUGUGCCAGGCACCUUUCAGCGUUCCCAAUCGCAUCCGAAGCUGUGCUUUGCCGAUGGCGUUGGCGCCGAUCGAGCCACGCUGGUGAAUGGACAUGCCGGACAUGGAACACAGGAACCGCGUAUUCCCAAACGCAUUAAGAUUGUGAAUUUCUGGGCACGCACACGUUUCUUUCAGCGCGCCUUCAUGAUCUGGAUGAGUGUCUGGAUCUGCUCGAUUGUAUACAAUUCGGGCUGCUUGGAGCAGCUGUUCAGCAUGCAGAGCAACGGCACUAUGAGCACCGCCUACGAGCUGCAGCGCCAUCUGCAGGCAACUCGCGGUGCCGUCAGCAGUUUCUUGCAGGGAUUCAAGCCGACGGGCGAGCGGCCACUGGGAAGCACACCCAACUAUGUGACACCAGCGACUGAGCGCGAGGAGACACUGCACGAGAUUAAUGAGACGGCGGCUGAGCUGCUUCGACUGAGAUAUCCCAACUUUGAGCUUAACUAUUUUCUGUCCAACUUCCAUUGGUCGACCAUCAUGAAGCAGUACAAUGUAACACUCAGUGGACAAUAUGUGACCCUGCUGCCGACCAUACGACUGACACAUGCCAUAUCGCCGGAAUUGGCGACACUAUUGCGCAAUCCGCAGGAGCAACUGCAGCAGAAUUUUCAGUGGAAGGCUCUGGCUGCAGCACUCGAUCCGCUGGACUUUAAUGAUGACGAUGCGAGACGCGAGUCACCGAUGGUUAUGCAGGGCGGGAUGCCCCUGGUGCCCAAGAGUCCCAUGGAGAUCUUCUUUGCCAUUCUGCUGUGCUGCAUCAGCAUCUUUGUGCUCUGCUACACAAUGGUUGUCUUCUAUCGUUGCAUCUGCACCCGCAACUAUGCCGAGUGGCGUUCCAGCUGGAAUGAAUCGGAGGCGCCACACACACAAACCGAGCAUAUACUGGAGGGUGUGCCCACCCAGAUUGCUGGUCACAAGCAUCGGAUUGAGUGCCUCGUCUCGGAUGGCAAUUACAUCAUCAGUUGCUGCCUGAAGGGACAGAUUCGUGUCUGGGAUGGACGCAGUGGCGAGCAGUUGACCAGCAUUGAACGCAACGAUAUGCAGAUUGCCCAACCACGUCAGGAUGGUCAGACUCUGCUGCGCAAGCUGCACAGUUCGCCGGUUUGGUGUCUGGACUACUUUGAUAAUCUCAUUGCCGUUGGCUGUGCCAAUGGACGGGUCGAACUGUGGGAGGCACCCGCCGGAGUGCUCAAGUGUGCCUAUCAGGAGGAUGCCAAAAGGAAUCAGGGCAUCACUCACAUCCAUCUGAAUGGCGAUCGAGUGAUUGUGGCUCGACUGAAUGGACGUCUUGAUUUCUAUCGUCUGGAGACCUAUUACAAGGGCAAACAGAUCGAUUGGGGAUUCACCUCCGCCUACAGACGCACGCACGUACGCACCGGCUCCACAGGCAGCCUGGGGUUAAUGCUGCAACAGCAGCAGCGCAGUCAACAGGAUGCAGCGCAGAAGACAACCAAGGAGGAGAUGAAGAUCACACUGGAGGGCGUGAGAUUGGCACAUCAACAGCCCAUCACAUGUAUGCAGGUGGUCAAUGAUAUGGUGUUUACCGGCAGCCAAGAUCACACUCUCAAGGUUUAUUGCCUUAACAAGUCGGAUGUGGAGUACACGCUGCAUGGACAUUGCGGUCCGAUAACCUGCCUCUUUGUCGAUCGCUGGCAGCCUGGCACUGGCGGAUCUGGCUCACAGGAUGGUCUACUGUGUGUCUGGGAUCUGUUUACGGGCGCCUGCAUGUACAAUAUACAAGCGCAUGACGGUGCCGUCAGCUGUCUGGCCUGUGCGCCCAGCUAUGUCAUCUCAUUGGGCACCGAUGAGCGUAUAUGCGUUUGGGAACGCUUUCAGGGCAAUCUACUGACCACCAUUAACAUCUCGAAUGCCUAUUCCAGUUUGUUAAUGCUAACGCCAUCGCUCUUGGUCACCAGCAAGAUGGGAUCGCUCAUUGUGUGGGAUGUGCGAACGGGUCAGCCAGCACGUGAGGUCAAACUGGACUUUGCCAAUCUGCAGCUGUGUCCCAAAAUCAUGAUGCUCGCCUGCGACUCCGUUGUCUGCGACUACGGCAAUGAAAUACGCGUUGUCCGGUUUCCCAUUGUGGCCGACAAGUGCCACUAAAAGCCGUCAUGAAUUUAUUUUCUAGAACUAUGCAUUAAGUUAACUAUAGAUUCAAGCAACAGAAUCAUUCUGUUUUGUCUGAUAUAAUUUGUAAUUUAAUCUUACUGACGCAUUCAUUAAUUUAUAAUCUAAAACUUUAAUUUGUAAUCCGUGGCGUUGUGUUUAUUCCUUUAUACGGAUACCAAGAGUAAUAUAUCUAGAUAUAUAUGGAAUAUAUAUUUUAUAAUAUACAUUGAAUGUAUAUAGUCUAAUAUAAACAUAUUCAAUUAACAUUUAUAUAUUUUUGCAUAAUACCAUACAUAGUGUCUUAAAACGCCUCAGCAUAACAUUAAACGACUAAAUGUUAAAUUAUCUAUAUUUUAUAUAUUUAUUAGACUCAUUGUACGCUUAAUUUUCUAUGUGAAAAGUAAAUCUGAAAAAAAAAAAUGCUUCACUA